UUUGUGAUGCUAUUUAGUAUUACUUUUUGAAGAAACUGAGCCCCUUACGACGUCGUUUGUGGAUUCACCAAAAUUUGAAAACGCCUAAAUCCGCGCUCAACCCAAACUGAUCUCUACCGUUCGUUCACAAACCCCUACCUACCGGACGGCGUUUGGAUGAACAAUGUCGACGACAACGGUAGAGGAUCUGUUCGUAGAAAUCUUCGAUAGAAAGCAUAAGAUAAUUGAAUUAGUGAAGCAACAUACUGACCGGUAUAGUCAACAUCUCGCUACUAAAUGUAAAAUACAAGGAAUUAAUCCUCCUUCAUGGCUCUGCAAUUCUCAGCAAGAGCUGAACAAAGAACAGCUGAUUUCUGAAUAUUUUCCACGGCCACCUACUGCACGCCAUGCUAGUGCUCGUUGCUCAUUGAACAAGAGGCCAGUUGUCAGAGAUGACAAUGAAGAUAUGUCUCAUGGGACGUUCUUGGAUGUUCAAGUUUCCAACAGAGGUCUUCACCUCGAAGAUGGUACAGUUAAUACAGCUGCAGAUCCUGAUAAUAACCAGGAAUGUGCUCUGAAUACUGUUCCUGAGCCUGAUGUAAGUGUUAACUCUCCCCUAGAUCAGACAGAUGCAAGAGUCCUGAACAAUUUUAAUGAUUUAGACUUGUCGCUAGCUAGAAUUCAGAGGUCUAAGUCUAGACAAAAGGCUCUUCAGCUUCGAAAUAGUGCACAAGCAGAAGUGACGGGCUGCUCCAGUCAGCAGAAAAAAUGUGAUGUUGCUCCUAUUGGGAUUGGUCUUUCUACUUUUGAACAAGUUGAUCACAAUUAUGAGUCACAAAAAUGGUCUGAACCUUGUGUAGUUAGUAAUAGUAGUGGUGGAUUUAGGGAAUCAGCUGAAAGAAAUCAUGAAGAAGAAAAAGUGAUUAGUUUACAUACUGGUGAAAGUUCUAAGCAUAAAGCAUCUACCCAGUGUCUUCAGUGUGUGAAUUAUUAUCUGAAAGGGGAUAACUUGUCUGAUGUUGCUGAGAGAAGUCAUACAACAAAAGUGGAUAACUCUUUUGCUACAGCUCAGAAAAGCCAUUCAACGCACAAACAUAGUUGCAAUUUUGCUUCUAAAAGUAUAAGUUUGUCUGCUUCUCAACUAACUGAUGGUUCAGACAAGCCAGACCACCUGGGGGAAUCUUUUCCUGUUGGUACUGAAGUCAGCAAAUUGAAGGAAUUUGUAGAAGUACACCAGCAUGAGGGGAUUGAAGUAAAUAGAGUCAGAAGGUCCAGAAGUAAUUGCAAACAAGUGAACUGUAUAGAUGAUUCUCUUAAAGUGGAUGGUUCUGCUGGCGUAGUUCAGAAAGAUGAUCAUACCCAAGCACGCUCUGCAGGUUGUGUGUCAGAUAGGCCGUUGCAAGUGGCUAAUACAUCUAGUAUUGACAAGCCAACAGUCAAAAGCUACCAAGAGACUAAGAAGAAGAAUGGUAAUUUUUGUGGUAGAAUCACAAGAUCCAGGAGUAUGGCCCAAAAAUUGCCUUGUCUGGAUGAUGAUUCACAUGCGUCUAUAUCCACAUUUUCUGAUAGGGUGAACACUGGUCUUUUUGCCCCAGCAAUUGGUGGAUCAUCGGAAGUGCUAUUUAACAAUCUUGAUUCUUCGAAAACAGUUAGACCUUCUCUUGGGUUGGACCAUAAGAGCCCAAUGACACAAAGUAACAUGGACAAUGAAGUCAUAACAGAGCCUGUUGAUACUUCCACUGUUGUUGGUUCUGGAGGUGGGGGUUCCAUGUCUGCUGAUUCAGAGAAGUCUUUGCAUGAAGAUUACAACACUCAUUGUCCAACUGGCAGUAAAUCGAUCAGUCCUUCCUCUGAUAACAAUGAUGCUCAUGAUCAUCAAGGUAACACUGAAGCUGUGAUUGAAAGAUCUCCCACCUGUAGGUCUAGAACCAGCAAUUCUAAACCAAAAGUGGGAGUGGAACAUGUGGUUGCCAAUCCUCCGCAUGAUUAUUUUAUGCCAAUGAAGCCAAAACAACUUGACUUUGAUGACAGGGAAGAGUGUAACCUGAAAAGUACCUUUGCUCCUAACUUUGAGGAGAAGAGCUUGAAAUCAACAGGUGAAAUUUCCAAUAUCUCACUAGAACCAACUUCAGCAAAGAAGAUAUCUGGUAGUCCUGUAGAUAAUAGAUUAUCUAGGGAACAGUCAACACUUGAGCAAGAAAUUUCAAGUAAGUUAGACGAAGUUCCAGGGAGUUCGUUUACUACGAAAAUCAGAGAGCCUGCAGGUACCGAAAUGAAUGGACAGGCAUCAGAUAUGAACGAACAUCAUGCAUCAAGGAAUACUAAAUAUGGGUCAAAGGGCAGACAAUGUUCUCGGCAAUCUUCUCAUCUGCAUGAUGAUGAGACACUGUCAAAUGAUGUUGGUCGUCAUGAUGUAGAUGCUAAUCAUUUUGAACUCAACGUAAAGGAAUCAUAUAAUUCAUCGGUAGAGCUGCAGAUUGAAGUGGGAGGUAACAGUUGUGACAGGACUGCUCAAUGUUUACCAGCAUCUUAUGUUGCCAACACCAAAAUUGCUGCUACACCUCACUUCUCAAGUUCGAGUAAAAAGGUGACUGGAGAUUCCCAGGAUUGCUUGGCGAAGAACUUUGAAAUUGAAGAUCCGAUUUCCAUUUUGCCAGAUGCAAAGAGACGGUCUUGCACGCCAAAUGAUCCAAAUUUAUCUUCUUUUAAUGGUGAAAAUGGUCAUGCAGAUGUAUGUGUCAAGUGUGAUAUGGAUAGGGAUUCCCAUCAUAAAGAGAGUGGCAUGCUUACAUGGAGUCCAGUACAAUCUAGACAGAAUGAUGAUCUCAAUCUCUCUGUAUCUAGCGAAAUUGAGAAUAUAACUGAGCCUGCAUUUGAUGUAAGAUUCAGAUCUGUUAAGCUGGAUUCAUGGCCACAAGUUAAGAGGAAAAAAAUUGAAGACAAUCAAACUGACUGCGUUUCUGCUUGUCCAAACUCUCAAAUGUCAAAGCUUUAUCAGAUAAAGAUGGAUGCUGUAAAGUUAAACUUCAGCACAAGUCAAGAGAAAACAGACAAUGUUGUGGAACAUACACCUUCCAGAACCAAGAGUUCUAGUGGUGGUAUAUCCAAGAAGAAAAAUUGUUAUUUGGAAAAAGGAACUGCUUCCUUGCCAAAGCUGCUUAAUGAAGUGGUAGGUAAAAGUUGUGACAGGAAUCCUCAAUGUCUACCUCCCUCAUAUGUUGUCAACACUAAAACUGCUGCUACAUGUCACAUCUCAACUUUGACUGAAAGGGUGACUGGUGAUUCCCAGGAUUGUUUGGCGAAGGAACUUGAAGACCCGACUUCCAUUUCCCCAUAUGCAAAGAGACAGCCUAGCAUGCCAAAUGAUCCAAAUUUAUCUUGUUUGGAUGGUGAAAAUAGUCAUGGAGAUGCGUGUGGCAAGCACAAUAUGGAUAGGCAUUCCCAUCAGAAAGAGGAUGACAUGCUUACGCGGAGUCCCCAGCAAUCUGGAUACAAUGAUGAAGAGAAUCUCGAUCUUUCCAUAUCAAGUGAAACUGAAAAUCCAAGGGAGUCCUCAUUGUUUAAUGGCAGAUUCAGAUCUGUUAAGCUGGAUUCGUGGCCACAAGUUAAGAGGAAAAGAGUUGAAGAUAAGCAAACUAACUGCUUUUCUCUUCGUCCAAGCUCUCAAAUGUCAAAGCUUUAUCACAUACAGAGAGAUGCUAUAAGCUUCAACUCCAACACCAUUCAAGAGAAAUCAGGCAAUGUUGUGGAGCAUGCACCUAUCCGAGCCAAGAGUUCUAAUAUGGGUAUAUCUGAGAAGAAAAUUUGUCCUUUGGAAGAAGGAAUUGAUUCCUUGCUGAAGCUGCAAAACAAAGUGGAUUCAAUAUAUUUUGAAAAGCAAUACAACAGCACCGAGUCUGUUUCCUCUUCUGAUGAAGACCUGUUACGUGUAUCCCAUGUCUCAAGUUUGUCUAAAGAACCAGUUGAUAAGGAACUGGAAACAGGAGAAGAACAUGAAUUCCUGUCCAAUGCUGAGAAGUUCUCUGAUGAACAAGGUAUUCCAGACUUACUGCACCUUGAAAAGAAUGUUGAGUUGGAUCAUCCUGAAAACUUGACCUGUUUGGAGAGAAAAUCUCAUAUUGGAGAACAGAGCCUAUAUUCCCAAUCUUUUGUUUGCUCUUCUCCACAAAAUAGAGAUUUGGAUAUCAUUGAUGCUGAUCAAUCUGAGCCCGUGCUCGAGGGUUUCAUUAUUGAUGCCUCAACAGCAGAUGGAGAAUUAGAUAUUGCCCAACUUGAGAUCAACUAUGAGACAACAAUUCAACGUGCUAGCAUUCUGGAGCAGAUCUGCAAAUCAGCAAGCGCACAUACACCCUUAUCUCCUUUCACGUCUUCUUUUGAAUUUGACCACACUCAAAAUCUAUAUCAAUCUUUACCUAAUGGCCUUCUUGAGCGCCUGGAUCUGAGCACCUUCUUGUCAGAGGAUGAUGUCAACAAACAGCUUAGGGCAAGUUAUAGCUGUGUGGAUGAAGUGAAAGAUUCUAAACUGGAGAUGCCUUGUUCUGAUUAUCAACCUUCUUACGGAUGUCAAUUUGGAGGGAGGUCGGGAAACCAAUACCAGUCUCCUGUUGGAAAGUUUUGGGAAAGGAUCCCGUCACAUUCUAGCAGUUCAGAGAAGGGUUUGAACUUAAACCCGGAGCUCAUGUGUUUCCCAAUUGAGGAGGAUCCCAAUAGUAGUGAGGAGAAUGAGACUGCAGAUGUGGCUGGUAAAAUCCGUGAUGAAUUUGAUUCCACGGUAGUGAGUAGUCAUGCCAAUGGACUACCACUUGCUGAUAUAACUAACUCAUGUCUGAAUCCUCCUACUUCAGUCUCUGCAGCUGAGAGGUCUCAUGCAAGGGGAACUUUGGAUUCUGCCAAUACAGAUGUUAGCUGCACUGGGUAUCGUAAUAAAGCCAAGAGAAAGCUUGGAAGUAGCUUCAGAAAUAUGAGUGCGGCAAAGGUAAAACAAACUUUUUCAAUGGGUGCAAAAGGAAUUAAACAAGGUAAGGAAUCCUUCAGGAGGUCUAGCAGGCAAAAAUUAUCAGCUGAGUCCAGUUUUAAGAGAGAGAGACAGAAACUUUCAGAAAAAGGGCCAAGUCAUAAGAACAUUGUCUCAAAUAUGACUUCAUUUAUACCACUAGUCCAACAGAAACAAGCAGCUGCUGCGUGUACAGGAAAGAGAGAUGUCAAAGUGAAGGCUCUGGAAGCUGCUGAAGCUGCAAAACGCCUGGAAGAGAAAAGAGAGAACGAGCGUAAGAUGAGGAAGGAAGCAAUGAAGCAUGAGCGGGCACGAUUAGAGCAAGAAAAUUCAAAACAAUUGGAAUUUCACAAGAAAAAGAAGGAAGAGGAAAAGAAGAAAAAGGAAGCUGAUGCAAUAGCAAGGAAAAGACUGAGGGAAGAGGAAGAGAAAAAUGAGAGGGAAAGGAAAAGAAAGCGAGUAGAAGAAGCACGGCGACAGCAGAGAGAGCAGGACGAUAAAACUCAUGCUAAAAGAGCGGAGAAAGAUAAAGGACUUCCCACAAAUGAUGAAAAGACGAUGGCUAAAAAGAAAUGUAAUAGUGACGUGGAAAAGUGUCAAAAAGAAAAAGAAAGAGUUGGAAAGACCUUCAAGAAGCAAGAGAGUGAACCCAAACCAACUGAAACUUUGAGAAAUGAUUCAUUCCAAGCAACGCCAUCACCAGGAAGACGUCGCAUUUCUGAUACCUCUACUGAUCAUGAAAAGGCAACAUGUGUAUUGGGUAAACCUAAUGCAAACACUGAGUGUGCCAAGAGAAGUCGAGAGAAAUCAUACGAGAUCUCACCUUAUCAGUGCUCUGAUGAUGAAGAGGAUGAGGAUGAAGAUCCAGCCAUCCGAAAAUUUAUUCCCUCAUGGGCCAGCAAACCCAAUGUGGCUAGUGUUCUACCUCUGCAGCAAGGAAUUGACCCUGAUUCCAUAUUCCCCCCCGAAAGUUUCUGCAGUAUGGACGAAGUACUUGUGCCCAGGAAGGUUCAGCAGAGACCUGCACCAAUCUGAUUAAUUUUUCCUAGACUUCAAGAAGUUGUUAAUACAAGGCUAGUGCUUCUGCUCGAAGACAAGGACUGUAUACAUAAACUGUACAUAUGGGAAGGUGAGUUUUGCUAUGCAACCUCGGCAAAACAAGUGUUAACGGCUGUGCAUGCUGUCGUUUUUAUUCUUUCACUUCUAAUACCAGUGAUUCAAAAACCAUUCCAAUGUAAAUACACAUGAGGCUUUCUGUAAUAUGCCAAGCAGUUCGGCACAUCUUAACUUGAGGUGAUUAGAAAAUAGAUCAACAGUCAUAAUACUAUUUGGCUGUCUUUUAUAAGAUUUAAAUAUUUUUUU